CUGCAGCUGCUGCUAUUGCUGCUGCUGCUCCUCCAGGUAUUCCUGCGGUAGCUACUGCUGCUGUUGCUGAUGCAGCCCCGGAUCCUCCUGAUGCUCCCUCUGCUGCACUCGCUGCUGCCGCCGUUACAAAAAGAAGAUUGAUUCUACAAGGAAAGUAUGUGGAAGCAAGAAAGCAGCAACCCUACCUUGAGGAGGCAGAAGAAGACGAUGGGUCAAUCAUAAAAGAGCAAGUGGAGAAGAAAAAAAACAUAAUUUGUGCUUAUGAGACUGUGGAGGAACUGAGAGUCAAAAAAGAGAUGAUUGAGAGACAAGGAGAGCACUACCAGAGACAAGUUACAGAGACGCAGGAACUUAAAGUAUGUCAGAAAACAAGAGACGUGGAGUUGAAGCAGUUACAUAAAGAAAAAGAACAUGCACAGAAGAUGGAAGAUCACCUACAAAUGUUAGAACUAGAAAAGACCUCAUUACUAGCUACAGUGAAGAAACAAAAGGCGGAAAUAGACCAUCUGCAGAGACAUCUGCAGGACACACAGAGAGACCUGGCCCAGAGUUCCAGUUUGGCACAGACAGCCGUUCAGGAAAAUAAGAAUCUCUGUAAGAAGCACACUGCAGUAAUAACUGAGAUGGAAAACACAAUUAAGAGGCUGUGGUCAGAAGUCUCCAGUGUUAAAACUUCCAAUGAGUCCAGCAAGAGAGAACUGGGGAAGUACAGGCGAUGCUAUCUGGAAGAACUAAGACAUAAAAACUUCCUAUUAUAUGAACUAAACAGGACUAACGACAGUCCAGAAGAGUCCCAUACAGAACUUCACAUGAAAUUUGAGCAAAACAUUUCUGCAUCAAAUACACUGAGCACAAGGCUGGCUCAUAAGUGCUCUUGUGUGGAAAAAACUCACCAAUUGGAAAAAGAAGACGGGGAAAACUUGGCGGCGCCUUCCUCAGCCACAGGAUCUACUCAUGCCUGUAUGGCACACUACCCGUGGAUGUCUGAAAAUAAUGUGAGAGAGCUAAGCAAAGGACUCGGUGACUUAAAACAAUCCGUGCAACUUAGUUUGAAGACGCAGAAAAAACAAAAUAGCGGCGUAGAAGAACUAGCUGGAAUUGGGAAACCCUUUAAGAUAAUAAAUCGUGAAUGUGAAAUUGGAGAGUGUGGUUCUCACAGAGAUUUUGAAACCUGCCAACUUGAAAGGAGGACUCCAGUUUCAACGCAGCAAUGCUCAGCACAAACAACAACUAAACCAUACUCAGAAUUCUUAAGAGAGAGCUACACAACUUCAACAAUAAAUGUGAUGGAAACCAAAAUUAGAAGCCUUAAAUCUACACUCUCUAAAUUGAAAGUUAGCAGAGCAUUAAGUGCAUUGGAACUGGAACGAUAUAAGUACCUCUAUCAUGAAGAAUUAAGCAUUAGAAAAUCAUUUCAAUAUUACCUAAACAAGUAA